AGAUUAGACAAAGUCUUUGUAUAACUACAAAGUAGAAAGACGAGAGAGAAAGAGAAAGAGGUUUGCAAUUAAAUAUAAACCCAUCCCUAAUCCUCUGUUAAUGAAUGUUUGUUUAAAGAAGAAAUCCCACAUGAUCAUCAUACUCAUCUCCCGCACCUUCCAAGCACUUGUACUUUCUUUCUUUUCUACCUUCCAAUAAAAAUAUCACCCAUCUCUAAUCAGACAAAAAAAAACCUUCUUCUUAUAAACUCACUUUGUUUCUUCCACUUUCAUCUUACGUUUCUUUCCUCUCUCAUUUCCAAGCUUUGUCCAUUAUCUCAAAACCCGUUUUUUAUAAAAUAAUCAUUUUCUGGGUUAUAUCAUUCACGGAUACUGUAUGGCUAUGGCUUAAGCUGUGACCCAUUCAAUACGCAACUUUUGACGCUGAAACCUUCUUUUCUUCUUUCAUGCCCCUUUUUUCCUCUUGGAAAGUGAUGGAAAUUCCACAGUUGGAUUUGGGUUCUUCUUCUUGUGAGGCUUUGGAAUCAGAAAAGAUGAAUAUUGGUUCACAGAGAAUCUUGUUUUCAGAUCACAUAAACGCAUGUCAAUACUCAUCUGAGAAAGUAGAUAGCUUUGUGAUUGAUAUGGAUUCUUUCUCUUCCAGCAUCAACAAAGAUAACAUCAAUGCGAAUUCAAGAACUACAUUCCAACGGAGCCUAUCAAGGAAAGGAUCUCAACGUUGGGGAGAUAGGAAUGUGAUUGUGAACGGCAAUGUCGACACACUUAACGACAAAGAUACUGUCCCUACUACAUACUCACCGAAAGCUGCUCUGGUAGGAUCCUGCAAAUCAACGGUCACAGCAGCGGGGUCCACACAAAAUUCAACAAACUCACAACAGCAGGUACACCAUCAAAUUACUGUCACAGCUAGUAAUAACAUGUGUAACACCAACACAGAAAACAAAUGUAUAACGAGGAGGAAUAGUUUUGGACGAUCUUCUUCUUGGCUCCUAGACCCUAAAAAAGUUCUACUUGCCUUUGCCACCUUGUCGAGUGUGGGAACAUUGUUACUUAUAUACUUGACUCUUACUAUCAGCAAGCAAAAUGGAGCUGAAUAUGGUGGUGAUUUGCAGUAGUUAGUUACCGAUAUGCCACCGAUUUAUACAAUGAGAUUUUGAAUCUAAACCUGCGAACCAAAAGUUCGAAGAAGACAGAAAAGAAAUGCAUAAGUUGCAAAUGGUUGCUAGAAUUUCCACCAUGUUAAAGUCAGAAAUAGUUACCUCUUAUGGAGCUACAAGAGGCAAAUCAUUGCAAUGAUGCAGUGUGAUAGAGAGGGGGAGGAAUAUUUCUUUUACAAUAGCUGAUAAAGAUCACAUGGAAGAGGGAGAGUUUUGGUUUAUUUGGUGUGUCUUAUUUCAGGGCAUAGUGGAGUUGGAGGAUGAGAAAGUUACUUUUUGCUUUUUCUCUCCUUAGGAUUUAUAUUCCUAACCUGUAUGUAUCAUUCAGUUUUGUUUUGCUGUUACAUGCAAUCCAAUUGAACCUUUUCCUAUGUUUGUAAAAUUAAAGCGAAGACAGGGAAAAGGAGAUGUGAAAGGAAAGGAAAGGCAAUAGUGCAAUACAUAUGAGAGCUACCUACAAAGCUACAAAAGUAUACCUGUGAGAGCAAUAGCCACUAAAGACAUGCACGCUCAAUGAAUUUUUUUGUCUUUAUCAAUAAAGUUGGAAUCCACUAGUUGUUUUUUUCCGGGGACAAAUAAUGUUGAUAUAUUGGGAAACCUUUUGGAAUAAACUAGGUGUAUGAAUCAUUUUGUUUAAUUUGGAAAUUUUGUAUCCUAUGUAUUUUGGUUGGUCUAAAUAACUAGAAGCAUGUGAAGGUUAAGGUUA